GUUGCUGCUCUCUGCUCGCAGGGGCUCCGUUGCUUUCUGCCUCCUCUCUCUCUCUCUCUAUCUGUCUGUCUCUCUCUCCCUCCCUCUCUCUCUCUCUCUCUCUCCUUCUGUCUCUGCGUGUGUGUGUGUGCGGGCGCGUGCGUGUGUGUGAGUGAGUGAGUGUGAGAGAGAGAGCGCGCGCGCGUGUGUGUGUGUGUGGCUCUCAGUCCCUGCCUAUACUUCCAUUAGCUAUGGAUGGAGACGGGAGCCAAGCCACGUCUGGAAGCCCCAACGAUACGCAGCAUGACCCGGGCAAAAUGUUCAUCGGUGGCCUCAGCUGGCAAACCUCACCAGACAGCCUUAGAGACUAUUUUAGCAAAUUUGGAGAAAUCAGAGAAUGUAUGGUGAUGAGGGAUCCCACGACAAAGCGCUCCAGAGGGUUUGGCUUCGUUACGUUUGCAGAUGCGGCCAGUGUAGAUAAAGUCUUAGCUCAACCACGCCACGAAUUAGACUCAAAGACGAUCGAUCCCAAAGUGGCCUUCCCUCGACGUGCUCAGCCUAAGAUGGUCACGAGAACAAAGAAAAUAUUUGUGGGCGGACUAUCGGCGAACACAGUCGUGGAGGACGUGAAGCAGUAUUUCGAGCAGUUCGGAAAGGUAGAAGACGCUAUGCUAAUGUUCGAUAAGACUACUAACAGACACAGAGGCUUUGGCUUCGUAACUUUCGAGAAUGAAGACGUGGUAGAGAAAGUCUGUGAAAUUCAUUUCCAUGAAAUCAAUAAUAAAAUGGUAGAGUGUAAGAAGGCCCAGCCGAAGGAGGUGAUGUUCCCCCCUGGGACGCGGGGCCGGGCCAGGGGUCUCCCCUACACCAUGGACGCCUUCAUGCUGGGGAUGGGCAUGCUGAGUUACCCGAACAUUGUUGCGACGUACGGCCGUGGAUACACUGGAUUUGCCCCCAGCUACAGCUACCAGUUCCCCGGUUUCCCGGCGACGGCGUAUGGACCGGUGGCAGCGGCGGCGGCGGUGGCAGCAGCGCGAGGCUCAGGCUUCCCCGAUUAUGGGUUUUAUUCCGCGCCCAGUGACCAGCGGGGGGCACCCUGCUCCUUUGCGGACUAUGGCUCCCUGGGGCCCCAGGCGGCUCAGAUGCUGCAAAGCGAGCACGCCACAUCCGCCUGCAACUCGCCCCUGCAGCACCUGCACAGCCCGGAUCAGUUUAAAAGCCCAGGCGCUAACCCCCCUCGGCCUGGAGGCUUCCCUGGUGCCAACAGUCCUGGGCCUGUAGCUGAUUUGUAUGGCCCGACCAGUCAGGACUCAGCUGUGGGGAACUACAUCAGUGCUGCUAGCCCCCAGCCUGGCUCCGGCUUCAGCCACAGCAUUGCUGGCCCCUUGAUUGCGACAGCUUUUACAAAUGGAUACCAUUGAAACCUAACAGGUGGUCGGUUGCCAUCUCAGUGGAGAGUAUAUCUGGAGGUCCUGGGAAGAUGGGCCGAAGUUUCUAACUGGUCGUGUACAGGUGAUGUCAUGAGACUUCAAGCACUGCAGCAUCCCAUUGGUGAAAGGGACAGGGGGGUGGCACCAUGAAGAAGAAAAGAACAAAAGAAAUGUCAAGAUCAUCUCAGAAAACAGUACUGCUGUACCAUAACCCCAACCCUUAUUGUAAUCAUAUAACAUUUUUUCUUCCUCUAUAUGGCAUUUUAUUUCUCUCAUUAAUUUUAAUUUCUUCUCCUUUUAGUUGGUUAAUUUGCAUAGUUAAGGAAAAGUUUUUGUUGUGAUCAUUUGUGCAUUUUGAUUUUUUCACAUUUCUCUUCGUGUUUUCUUGUUUGUUUUUUUUCUUUUAUUGGCAUUUUGAUGAGUGUAGUUUAAAAGUGUUUGCUGGUCAUGUCUGAAUUACCUUUGGUACCAAUUGUAAAGAUCCGAUUUUAUGGUGUCAUAUUUGCACAAAAAAAGGAUAAAGCUACUCACUGACUGAUAAGGAUUUGAAAGAACAUUCAGUACAUUUCAUUUCAGCGAAAAACGAGAGGGUAACUGAACUAAAUCGAUCUUAGUAGCUGUUUUUAAUUCUUGUGAUGUCUCAUUGUUGAUCAUAAUUACCUAUUUUUGGGCAAUACAAAGAGGACUCCAAUAUUUUUAUGGUCCUUUUUUUAUAAGUGUUGUUUUUUGUUGUUUAGAAAAAAAAAAGAAAUGUAUACUAUGACAUUUUUUCAAAUGAAUACAUUGUGAAUUCAGAUUUAAGAAAAAAAAGAAAUGUAACUGUAAAUAUUAUUCCAGUCAUUGCAUAUAACCAAUUCAGAAUGAAAAAAAAAACAACAUAUUUUUCUGACGGUGUGUCAAAGAAAUUGUUCCAGGGUGUGUAUACACGAAAAAAGAAAAUAUAGGUCUUAACAGAUUAUUAUAUAGGUGUCACUCAAAUACAUUAAGUACCCCAGUGACAACUGCGAUCUAUUGGAUAGUUGUUUGGCUCGCUCUGUAAAUACUCAAGCUGAAUAAUUUUACAAGUGUCAUACCAGCAUAUUUACAAACCGGUGACUACAGGGCACUGCUCAGAGUCGGGUAUAGAGUCUUUUCUCUCAGCCGUGGACAUAAUUUUCAACAGAAAGACGAUUCAAUCCAAAGCACACUGUAGGUAGUGUUAAAGAAAUGGACUCUGAAUUCAGUCCAGAGAUUUUAGAAAUACUCUGUGCGUCCUGACACUUUUAUACUCCUGACCAGAAAAAAAAAGGUUAAAGAAAAAAAAAAAGAUAAAAAAAAAAAAAGAUGACUUACUAUGUUAUUUGGUGUUGUUGUUUGUCUUAUCCACUCGGUUCCAUUUGACUUUGGAACUCGGUAUCUGGAGUGUACGUCACAGCUAAUGCAUAAAAGCUUGUUCUUUCGAUCAGUUCUCUGCUGAAUGAAUAAAGAAGGCAAACGUCUUUAUACCAUA